UUUCACUAAUCAGGCGUCAGGCUCCAAAACGGAUCUGGACUUGGUCGUAUAGAAAUCUACGCAAAAAACGUACCGUUGUUGUUGUGCAAUUUUUGUGGCUCGGAGUGCUGUGGCUUAUUAACACACUAAUUGAUGAUCAUUCACGUGUUGCGUGAAUAUUAGCCGGGCGUUAGAUACGGUUCGUGUACAAUAUCAUUGGAGGACGGAGGCACCGACUAUCAGACGGAAUACAACAACCGCCAUAUUGAUAACAGCGGGCCACUAUGCAUCUGCCGUUACCGUAUCGUGUAAAAUGAUUUUUUCUUAUUCAUUUUCGCAUAACUCGUUGUAUCGCGCGCAAACUAACGACGCUGGACUGCGGCGAUAAUUGCAUAUCGUGUACGGGUCGUCAUCGAAUAAAUGUGAUAUUUUAAAGUUCUUCAUAUUUUCUUUCUCGUCGAAAAGUGUGCUUUGUCUCAAUAAUAAUAUUUCUACUCUGGCGGGCACGAAGACGCUUUUCAUUGUCGGUCUCCAACUAUUCUAUUCAAACUACCAGAUUCCCGCUUCUUUGCGUGAUCCUUGUUCAAUGAUCAUAUUUCCCGUGGCGUCGUUUCUAUCGUUCUCGGUAUCCGACUUCUAGACCUGUGUGUGUCGUGUCGUCGAUCUUGUGUGUAUGAACGUCGCCACACUGCUACAGCCAUUAUUCCAUCAUGGACAACGACGUUUACAAGUGCCGGUUAUGCCUUCGCAUGUAUCACGACAAGGGAGCCAUCAUCGAUUUAUCGUCAGAGGAAGCAAAGAAUGAACAAAUUACCCACAAAAUACUCAGUGCUCUGUCAAUCUUAAUUACUGAUCUUGAUCCUACACCUAAGUAUAUUUGUAGAGUAUGCAAUGGGCAAGUUGAUGUUAUUUUCAGAUUUGCAACUACGUGUCGAAUAAAUAAUUUAAAACAUAUGGAAAAUGUAACAAAUGAUAUGCUCAAAACAGAAUAUAAAAAAUUUAUGAGACUACCUGUUCAUUUUUUGUUUAAUAAAUACCAGUUUGAUGUGAAAGGUUUGUUUGAUACAGUAACAAGCUAUUUGAGUGAUAAUAACGAAGACCUAAGCUCAACUCAAAAUUUUGAUCAAAAUAUUGGUCUUAAUAACCACAAUAGUAUUACAAAUCAAUUAAAUAUUGAGAAUGAUAAUCCUGUUGGUAAUGGAAUUCCAGAAAUCUCUCCAGUACUUGAAGUUAAUGAGCCUCAGAUAAACCCAAAUAAUGUUAACCAUACAGCUGAAACUGGCAUAAAUAAAAAUGUUCAAAUUAAUAAACAAUUUCCUAUUGGUUGUAGAAAUAAUGUAACCAAAAGAAUGAGAUAUCCCAUAUUAAGUAAACCACUUCCGUUACUUAAAAUCAACAAUAUUUCUGGUGGAACAAAUAUUGUACAAAAUCUUAGUGCUGCAGCUCGUAAAAAUCAAUCUACUGUAAAUAGUCUUACUAUCGACAAAAAUACAAUAAAUAAUCAUAGUUAUAGUGUUCUAUCUAAAGUAAAUGGAACAACUACUGAUAAUGAAGUGAUUUGUUUGGAUGAUGAUGACGACGAAGACAAUAAUAACAAUGAUAAUCAAGAAGUUCGUUUAAAUCAAGAAAUUCUUUUAAAUGAGUGGUUAAAACCUGAUCAUACACAAGCCAAUUCCAGCACCCAUAAAACUUACCAACGUACAAACAAAAAAAAAACAAUAAAAAUUAUUCCUGUUAAAAGAAAAAUAAUUUCUUUAUCUGACAAUGUACAAUCCACAAAUACUGUACAUUCUUUGAAUAUCCCAUGUGAAGAAAUGACAAUUACUCCAGAUUUGGGAUUCUCAACUUCUAAUUUGGGUUCUUCCUUAAAUGGGGAAGAAGAGUACUUUGAAGCUCUACCUCAAAUAAACAAUGUGUCAACUGUACCAUCAAGAGUUUUACCAGAUACUGGAUUCCAUUUUUUAUUCAAACCUAACGAAACAGUUGAUUUGACCAAGGACUUGACCAAGAAAAAAGACAAUGCAGCUGAAACGACAGUUGUCUUGACCAAGAAAAAAGACAAUGCAGCUGAAACAACAGUUGUCUUGACCAAGAAAAAAGACAAUGCAGCUGAAACAACAGUUGUCUUGACCAAGAAAAAAGACAAUGCAGCUGAAACAACAGUUGUCUUAACCAAGAAAAAAGACAAUGCAGCUGAAACAACAGUUGACUUGACCAAUAAAGAAGACAAUAGUCCUCCAAAAAAGAAAUCAAGUGGAAGAAAAAGGAAGAAUCUUGAUACCAAAAAAUCUGUGGUUCCUAAAAAACAGGCUCUGAAAACUUCCAUUAUUCAACAUAAUCAAAAAGCAAAAAUUCAACUACCAACACCUGUGGCUGAUACACAAAUAAUAGAAAGGUCAAACACAUCAUUAAUAAAACCUAGGCCGAAGAGAGCAUCAGCUGCUGUUGCAAGUUCUUCUGAAAUUAAAAAUAUGCAUAAACUUGGAAAACAUGUAGAGGGAACAUCAAGUUAUUGGUAUGUACGUGUGACACGAUUUGAAACAGCACUGUACACAUGUCCAAUUUGUAAUUUAAUUUCAACAAGUACAAAGUCACGUCAAAGACAUGAAAUAUCAAAACAUUCAUCAUUACUUAGUUCUGUACAUAAACCUGCAGUGAAUUCUGCUCCUUCAACAACAAAUGCGGCUUCUACUCAACAACUAUACCUUUUUAAUUAUUUGCAACUUUGCUUAGUAAAGAAAGAUGAACCUGGUAUAAUCAACCAAUUGGCUAAAAGACAUCAUUUAUUGAAAGCACUUAAAAUUUUAGGACCCAAAACGUUUGGAUCAUUCAAGUGUAAUUAUUGCAGGUAUGAAACAAAUCUUAUGUUUGUUUUAUGGGCACACAUGUCUUCCAAUCAUCUAAAAUGUAAUGUUGAAAAAAAAUCAUCUUUACAUUGCUUUUUGUGCAGUCGCACAGUUAGUAAACGUACAACAUUGCUCAAACAUGUAGAAAAAUGUUCAAAAGAAACAUCAGAUACUAUUAGCUCAAGUAAUCAAUUUACCUGUGUACAUUGUAGUGUUGUCUUUGAUUCUUUAAUAAAACUCGAAGAUCAUACUUGGAAACAUAAGUAGAGAGUUACUAGUAAGGUUAUAAACAUUCAUAUUACUUAUAAUACAUAUAUUUAUAUAUAUAUAUUGCAUAUAUUAUCAUAUAUGUAUAUGUAUGUGUAAUAUGUGUUUUAUAUCUGAUCUUUGUAUUAACUUUUUCUUAUUACCGUAAGUUAUAGUGUUAUACUAUAUUCACUAGAUAUUAAAAAUAUUUCCUAAACUAUUGAUAAUAUUAGAUUCUACAAAAGUUAUCUGUUUAAAAUUUAAAUUUAAUUACAAAGGAAAUACAAUAUAAAAUUGCUUGUGCUUUUAACCAACCUUAAUUUCACUAAAGCAUGAAUAUUAUGCAUUAUUUCAUAUUAAUGUUCAUUGUACACACUUUGAUUAAUAUAAUGUUGUUUCUUUGUUUAGAAUACUUUUUUGUCAUAAUUAAUGAUUUUUCAUUUCUUUUACAUUCAAAUAAUGCAAAUUAUAAAUUGUAUGUUUUAUUUUUAUUUACCUUAAGAUAUUUUCUUUUUUUUGUAUUAUUAAUGCUAUUUUUUCUUUGUGCACAAGUAAUUAAUUAUGUUUGCUUGUCCUAUUAAAUUUAAGUACUUUAAACUAAUAAUAAUUACAUAUUAAAACUAAAAAUAAAAUCAUCACUUGUAUUCUACAUUUAAUAACUAUGUGAUGAGAUCAUUUAAUUUUAUUUCAUCAGGUUAUUUAAAACAUAAAUUAAUUAAUAAAUAAAUUGUUAAAUUUAAAUUUAAAAAAAAUUAAUAAUUAAUAAUAGUAUUACUCAUAACGUGGCGACUUCAAAAAUACUUUUCUGAAUGAUGCUUUGUAAUUUGUAUAAUAAAAAAAGUAUUUGUUGUUGUUGUUUAGAAAAAAAAAAUUUUUUAAUUUAUUAGUUUAUUUAUUUCUAUUAUGUAGUGAUAUUCAGAUAUUUCUGACUAGGGAGUGUUUUUUAUUUUUGAAAAACUGUUAAUUUACCUUAAAGUUUAAAUAUUUCAUGUGUUGUUAUUAAUUAUUAUAAUUUAAUUUGUUUUUAUUAAGUUUGCUAGAACAGAACUGAUUUUUAUUUUUAUAAUAUUAUAUCAAAAUGAUAUUACUGAUAUAUUUUUACUUUGUAUUAUUUAGUUAUUAGUUAUUAUUGAUAAUACAUUAUUUGUUUUUAUAUAUACAAAUUAUCACAAUAUGUAUAUUUCAUAAAAACAACAACAGUUAAUAUUAUAAUAUUUAAGAUGUGAUCUAUAGACGCAUAAUACAAUGUAUGCAUUAGUUUGGUUUUAAUUGUAAACUCAUUGCAAUGAAAAUUAGUCAUCAGGGACUUAAUUAUUUUGUUUUUGCUAUCUUUAUUACAUCCAAAUGUGAUAAUCUUUAAUCAUAAUAUAUAAAAUAUUAAUGUCUACUUGACUGUUGUAAAUUGUUAAUUGUUUUCAUCAAAGAACUAGUGUACUUUAACGUCUGUAAUAUAUUUUGAUACCUAUUAUAAGUAUUUAAUUUAAUUAUUUUUAUUUUUAGAUCUAUGUGUAUUUUUUUUUUUUUUUUUUUGACAGUUCUGUGAGUGUAAAUAAUCAUAUAUAAUAAUUUUAUACAGCUAGGUAUAUGUAAAAAAAAAUUAUUCAAAUAAUAAAAAAAAAUUGUUUGAAUAAUUUUUUUUUUAUACUUAACCAAAGUAAUGGAGAUUUAAUAAGAAAUAAAAAUUUUAUUGAAUAAACAUGAAUCAGUACAAUGAUGUGAACUUAUACUAUAAUAUUUGUUUACAUUUAUUGAUCUUAAAUCAGCACACUUGUCACAGGGUAUGUUUAUAUUUUAUAAUUAUAAUGUUAUAUACUAUAACUUAAUAGGUAUAAGUAAUGUGAAUACUUGCCUCGAUGUACCUAUUUGUAUUUUAUAAAUAUAAUAUAAUUAAUUUUAGUAUAGUAAAAAUUGAGUGUUUUUCUAAAUUUAAAACAAACACUCUGUUUAAUAAAGAUUGGAUGUUAAUUAACACAAUGUGAAAACUAAUUGUUGUUAUUAAACAUGCUAUGAAAUUUCAUUUUAUCAAAAUAAAACUAACUUUUGUUGUUUUA